CUUGUCUUCUCCAGGAUGAUCGGCGCCGCUGCUUAUCAGGUCGAGACGACAUCGCGUCUCGCUCAAUGGCGGAUCGACGAUUUGGCCUCCACCUACAGGAAAUCCGAUCCUUUCAAGAUCGGCUACUGGAAUUGGCAUUUAUCUGUGGAGAAGAGUCGGACGCUGAUCAUUAGAUUGUAUCCGGAGGUAUCAAGUUUAACUAAAGAAACUCCUCCAAUAGCAUCUUUUAUGAUCAAACUCAUCUGCCUCGCAGCAGGGGAUCGUAAGUGUUUUAUUCAUCCAGAAAUUAUUGAUAAGCAGCUCAAAAGCAGUGAGGAUUUUGUAUGGACAAUCGAGGUUCCUUUGACCGGAAAGUUCAUCAUCGACAUUGAGUUUCUUGAUAUCAAAACUGCACCUCCAGAUGGGGGAGAGGCUUGCUCGAUUUGGAGUAGAGGGCUCGCUUGUAGACAGUCUAAUCAUAAGGCUCUUGCAUUACUUGGUCGAAUGCUGUCUGAAGGCAUCCAAACUGAUAUAAUGAUCAAUGCAUCUGAUGGUAGCAUCUCAGCGCAUCGGGCCAUUCUUGCUUCCAGGUCUCCUGUUAUCCGCAGCAUGUUCUUGCACAAACUCAACGGGAAGGAAACAGCUGUCAUAAACAUUUCGGAGAUGUCAAUUGAAGCCUGUAGAGCUUUACUGAACUACAUGUAUGGAAAUAUAAACAAGGAAGAAUUCUUGCCCCACAGGCUGUCCCUUCUUCACGCAGCUCAUAAGUACGAGAUUUCAGACCUCAAAGAAGCUUGCCACGAGAGCCUGCUGGAGGAUAUUGACACCACAAAUGUGCUGGAGAGGCUCCAGAAUGCCACUCUGUAUCAUCUGCCAAAACUCAAGACCAGCUGCUUGCUGUAUCUUGUGAAGUUCGGCAAGAUCUUUGAUAUCCGAGAUGAUUUCAGAGACUUUCUACAAUGUGCAGAUAGAGAGCUCGUAGCUGAGAUAUUCGACCAAGUUCUUGGCGCCUGGAAGGGGUUUUGAAAUCAAGGAUGGGCAUUCUUUAGUUCAAUUGGCAAUUGUUUGUUGGCUAGUAAGUUAAAGGUAUUGAUUUACUGUAAAGUGGGCAUAUCACCAGAGUCCAUGUGUAUGCUGGUGUGGUCUAUACAGAAACGACAAGGUAAGAUGUGAAUAUGAUUGAAAUCAAGAGAAAGAAUGUUUGCCAUUUGUGCUGUUUAAUGAAUACUAAUGUAAGAUGUGAAUAUGAUUGGAAUCAAGAGAAAGAAUGUUUGCCA